AAUGCGACAUACAUACUUACAUUCUUAUAUCAACUGGUCCAUUUAUCUAUAUCCUUAAUAAACUGUCUAUUAACCCAAUAAAGAGACGUCAUUAGUCAAAUAGAACAAACCAAUUCAAUUCCUAAAACACAGUCCCUAAACUCGUAAUUAUACACCAAAAUCGAUGGCAAAGAAAUCACAACACAAAGCUGUCAUCCUCCCAACUUACUUACACAGCCUGUCAUUGCCCCCACUGGUCGUUCAAACUUCAAAAUAAAUAUUGAAAACACACAAUCAUAAAAAGACAAAUCAAAUCCUACGUGGCACACCUUUCUAUAUAUAUAAAUACACACAAAAACACCUUACACUUCUCAUCUCCUUUCUACUAUUCCCGUUUCGCCGGAAACCGAGUUGACUCAUUGAGUCAAACCAAAACCAAUGGGUAUAUGUAGCUCGUACGACUCGACACAAGUCGCGACGGCGAAGCUGAUCUUACACGACGGAAGGAUGAUGGAGUUCACGAGUCCGGUCAAAGUUGGUUACGUGUUACAGAAGAAUCCGAUGUGUUUCAUUUGUAACUCCGAUGAUAUGGACUUUGACAACGUUGUAUCCGCCAUUAGCGCCGACGAGGAGUUUCAGCUUGGUCAGCUUUACUUUGCUCUUCCUCUAAGCUCGCUUCAUCAGUCUCUUAAAGCCGAGGAAAUGGCUGCAUUGGCUGUUAAAGCUAGCUCUGCUCUAAUGAGAAGUGGUGGUUCUUGUGGCCGAGAUAAAUGUCGGUGUCGCCGGAAAUGUGUAGCUCCGGUGAUCUUUUCUGCUCGGAGAGUAUCGGCGGUGGGAUCUAAUGGAGAGACGAGGAAUGGGAAAAGACGCGGUGUUGGUGGUAGCGGGAGGAGGAAGUAUGCGGCGAAGUUGAGUAUGAUUGAAGAGUGAAGGGUAGUUUGGUGAUUUAGUUAUUAUUGUAGGGUUAAGUUUGUAAAUAUGUAGUUAUUAUUGUAGGGUUAAGUUUGUAAAUAUGUAGUUAUUAUUGGAGGACCAUUACAUAUUUUUGUGCCUAAUGCAAAUUGCAUUUUGUAACGUGGGAAAAGUGAUUGUACUUGGUUUACCAAAAAAAUCUCAUAUUAUGGAUUAAAAUUCAAUUUUGUUA